AACCAGACCAAACGUUGAUCACUCUCUCCCUCAUCUCUCUCUCUCUUGUUUCUCUCUCUAGAAAAACAAUGGCUCUGCAACUCUGGGAAACACUCAAGGAGGCGAUCGUGGCCUACACGGGCCUAUCUCCGGCGACCUUCUUCACACUCCUGGCUCUUCUCGUCGCCGCUUACCAUAUCCUCUCCGGGCUCUUUGGGCCGUCGGAGACCCACCACCAGCCCAGAAACCUGGAGGAGAUGCAGCCUCUGCUGCCGCCGGUCCAGGUCGGCGAGGUCACCGAGGAGGAGCUCAAGCAGUACGACGGAACCGAUCCCAAGAAGCCUCUGCUUAUGGCCAUCAAGGGUCAGAUCUAUGACGUGUCUCAGAGCAGGAUGUUUUAUGGACCUGGAGGUCCUUAUGCUCUAUUUGCAGGAAAAGAUGCUAGCAGGGCUCUUGCAAAAAUGUCUUUUGAAGACAAAGAUCUCACUGGUGAUACCACUGGUCUUGGUCCUUUUGAGCUUGAGGCCUUGCAAGAUUGGGAAUAUAAGUUCAUGAGUAAGUAUGUCAAGGUUGGUACCAUUAAGAGUACAGUUCCAGAAACUCAGGGGGAAUCCACUAGUGAUGCCCCUAAAGCUGAAGAUGUUCCAUCAGAAAGCCCAGCUGUUAAAUCUGAGGAAACCUCCUCAUCUACUGCUGAUGCUAAGGAAGAGUAGUCUGUAGAGGGGGAACCAUUUCCUGGAGUACAAUCUCUUUCUCAUAUAUGUUCAUGCUUUCUUAGCCUAGGUUACUCCAGUUAUAAGACUGUUGGAUGUUCAAUUAUUGAUAUAAUAAUUCAACAAUGUACCUUUUGUGCAUCAGAGGUGCAACUUUCUUACCUUAAUAUCUAUCUAUAGAGAUGCUGUUAGGACU